UUUCUCAUUAAUAUCGAAGAGCGUGCACAUUUUGCUUAGAGCAGGAUUGCAGAAAGUUUAGUUAUCUGUAACUAUUGUGCUUCGUCGGUACUCCUGUCUCGCCGAUUUGGAAGCUGCGGCCACGUCUACGGCAAGACCAAAAGACAGAACAAAAAAUGGACAUAGCCCCGCCCCGCCGCACGCGCACGCACACAAACGCGUAUAACAACAUAUGGAGAACCGAGUGCGCUGCAAGAUGCUGUGUCCGCAGUCCCAGAUAUCACUAAAUCUCCAAUGUUGUUUUCCCCGAAGGGAACUGCCCCGCGAAGCCGUUAAAGUUAUCAUGCUAGCGUUGUUUCAGACUUGGGAAUCGGUUAUCGAAUUCUUGGUUUGACGGAGGUUCUGCGUUUUCUUUCUUGCGGAAUGUGUGUGAUGAUGAAACAGCUGUGGAUUUUGUGAAUGAUCAGAAUGCGAAGUAUUGAACCCUCUGAUUUUACUGCCAUGAGAAACUUACUGGGCGUGUCAGCUAACGCGUUUUAAGGUCGCGUCCACUCGGCGACCUGUUCUGCCGUCAACCCCGCCACCAGGAGUGUCACAGUCGAGUGGUUCGAGAAGGGAGAGACUAAAGGAAAGGAGAUUGAGUUUGAUGCAGUUUUCGCCCUCAACCCAGACUUGGCCCCACAGGACCAGAAUGCCAUGCCACCACCCUCCAGAUUUGACGACGACGACGAGGAGUCCAGCUUGUCCGAGGCUGAUCUGAGUGACUACGUCUCUGGACUCAAUGUCGGCCGCACUGCGCGAGGCUCCGGCCGCUUCUUGAGGUCUUCCCACACCCACAGCAACGUGCCGGCCGCGUACCACCCUCAACGGCCGCCCUCCGCCCACACAUCUCACCUGCCACGGCCUCCAGGGCACCAGGUGGCGCGGUCGCAGUCGGCCUCCAGACUCACCAUGUACUCACGGCAGUCACAGAUCACACAGCCUACAGCAGCACCAGUCACAAGGAGUAAAGAUUCCAACAGACCUCGACCUAGCUACCUAGUGAAACCACCUCAAAAUGGAGAACUGCGAUCAAAUGCAGUGCAAAACAAGAUUGGGCAAGCCCCUGCCCGAUCGACAGAAAAUAUUUCAACCUCCACCGUGAGCAAAGCAGCUUCUGUGCCUGCAUGGCGAGGCAUAGCUGUUGCUGUGGGUACUAUUGCACGAAGGCGUAGCAAUGUGGUGAAAGAGGUUGACCGUAUACAGAAGAAACGAGAGGAGCGCAGAAAACAACAAGCAGAGAAGAAAGAGGAGAAAGAAGCCCUAAUGAACCUGGAUCCGGGAAAUCCUCAGUGGGAGUUUUUGAACAUGAUUCGAGAGUUUAGAUCUCAGUUGGAAUUCCGAACUUUGAAAGAUGGAGAUCCACUUGAAGAACAUCAAAUCACAGUUGCUGUAAGGAAAAGACCACUAAAUAAGAAAGAGAAUGGCAGAAGAGAGAUUGAUGUAAUUACCAUUCCAAAGAGAAACACUUUAUAUGUUCAUGAACCACGUACUAAAGUGGACCUCACAAAGUUCCUGGAGAAUCAGAAUUUUAGAUUUGAUUAUGCCUUUGAUGAAAGCUGCAACAAUGAAUUGGUUUACAAAUAUACAGCAAGACCCCUAGUUCAGACAAUAUUUGAAGGAGGUAUGGCAACAUGCUUUGCCUAUGGACAAACUGGCUCUGGCAAAACUCAUACCAUGGGUGGAGAUUUCCAAGGCAAAAAUCAAGAUACUGCUAAGGGAGUGUAUGCUAUGGUGGCAAAGGAUGUCUUUACCUAUGUUAAAAGUCCAAAAUUUAGAAACCUUAACUUACAGAUCUCGGCCAGCUUCUUCGAGAUCUAUGGAGGCAAAGUUUUUGAUUUGCUAAACGGCAAAGCAAAACUACGCGUAUUGGAAGAUGGAAAGAAUGUUGUGCAAGUUGUAGGCCUACAAGAAAGAGUAUGUGAAAGUGUUGAUGAUGUCCUGAAGCUCAUCAGUUUAGGUUCCAAUGUCCGGACAUCUGGUCAGACUGCUGCCAACAACCAGUCCUCUCGGUCUCAUGCUGUCUUCCAGAUUAUCUUGAGAAAUUUGGAUAAGAUUGAGAAGCAGGGUGACAAAGCAUACAAACUUCACGGAAAGUUUUCUCUUAUUGAUCUGGCUGGUAACGAGAGGGGAGCUGACACAUCCAGUGCCAAUAGACAAACAAGAAUGGAGGGUGCCGAAAUCAACAAAUCUCUAUUGGCUUUGAAAGAGUGUAUUCGGGCACUUGGCCGCAAGGGGGCUCAUUUGCCCUUCCGCGCUUCAAAGCUUACACAAGUUUUACGUGAUUCUUUUAUUGGUGACAAAAGUAAGACAUGCAUGAUUGCUAUGAUCUCUCCAGGGAUGAGCUGCUGUGAACAUACACUGAAUACCCUCAGAUAUGCUGAUCGAGUUAAGGAGUUGGGUGUGUCUGAUGUAUCAGAAGAGAAAAGUUCCCCAACGGAAAAGGAACCAGAUGAAAAUGGCACAAAUGAUGAGGAUUAUUCACGUCUCACUUCAUACAAUGAGAAUGAGAUGAGUGCAGACCAGCAGGCAUUCCAAGUAGCCAUGAGUGCUCUGCAAGAAGCAGAAGAGGAGGUGGUGGACCUUCAUGGCCAGUACUUUGCUCACAGAGACAAGAUGGACAAGAUGCUCAUUCCUCUUUACCAGAUGACCAAUGAGGUUGAUUAUGAUGUAGAUGCAUAUGCACAGCAGUUAGAAGAUGUUGUAUUGGAGAAUAUGGAGUGGUGGACACAAUUAAGAGAUCGUGUGAUAAAACUUAGGCAUCAGCUGGAGGAAGAAGAGAAGUUAUCACGUCGGCAGCAUGUGUAAACUUUAUCUGCUUUUAAAUCCAUCCACUCCCUUGUGGGGACUGUUUGAUAUGUUAUGCAGUCCUGUGGCAAUGAAUCUUCACCAGUGACUUUGCACAGUAAUAAUGCAUGGCAUUUGGACUGAAGUAUUGUUUCCUCUAUAGCAUUAUAUGUUAGUCACAAGGGUACUAAACACUCAUCAUUAUAAAUAAGGGUUAAAAGUUGUACAUGAAGCUGUUGUCCUCCACCCUAAGCCAAAACAUGUACUGUAAGUGAACCAAAAUCUUAAAGGACCCCAUCACCCCUUUUAGACUUUGAACAUUAGGGCCUGUACUCAAUGCCUCACUAUUGAUCAUGUGCACAGAAGCUGUAUUUGUAACUACUUUUAUCAAUACUCCUUUGUAGCCUUAAAUUGAACUAUAAUGCAAUCAAAUAUCUAUCUGUAACUUGUGUUAAUUAUUGUUUUUAAAAUAUUUUUAAGUUUUACCUGGAAAACUAAGGCAAUUUUUAAAAGGAAUGAGUGAAUAAUAUUUGGAACAUGGUUGUGCUUGUUACUCAGAUGAAUGCAUUGGAUGCAUAAGUAAUGGUAAAAGACAUUACUUGUUCAUUUAGGUAUAUUUCGAGAGCCAUCCCUCACACUUGCUCAAGCUUCAAGGUCAUUUUGCAACAUCAAGGUCUACCUUUUGUAUCUCCUUUACCUUGUACUAAUUGUUAGUCACUUGUCACUAAAAAAUAAGUUGCAGUCUAAGUGAGGAUUAGUUAUGUAUUUUUAGGAUUGAAGUGAUUUCUUAUUUUAUGUUUGCUGCAGUUUUAUCCUUUUUUUGUGACAUUAAAUUUUAGAUGUCACCGGUUAGACAAUCAAAAUUAGACACCCCUUUGUCAUUUAGUUUAGCAUUUUCUUUUGAGAGUUACAUAUCCACGACCAUCUGGUAAUUUUAUAAGGGUAUUAUCAAAUGCCAAAAGCCAAUGGAUUUAGAAAGGUUGCAGUGUGACCCGCAAAGACAGUGAGUUCACAUUCUUAAAGAAAAAGGUUAUUAUAUGUUUGAAAUGCAUUAAUGUUUUCUGAUUGUUGACUAGAUCAAACUUAGGCAUAUACCAUGUUUUUUUUUUUUUUUUCCAUGGGUCAACUGUGGUUAGUCAUAUGUUCCAUAAAAUUCUUUUGAAAGAUUCACACACUAGUCAUAACUACCAUGAUUAUACUGAAAAUAAAUUUUGGUAUUAUUUACAUAAGCUUUCUAAACCAAGGGAUAACAUAUUUUUGUUUGAGUUAAUUCUAAAAAAGAAACCAAAGACUUAAUUCAAUAGUUUGGAAAAUCUUUAGUGGCCAUUGGUACUGUGCGCUAAUAUUUCUUCUAUGAAUAUUUGUUUAGCUCACAGACAGAUAAAUUAUCCACAGUUAAGUGAACUGUAAGGCUUAGUGUGGCUAAUUGACUGUAAAAUAAGCUUCAAUAUACUGUGCAAGUGUUUAUGGUUUACAGCGUUUGUUAUAAUAACUUGAUGCUUGUUCAUAACUAGGCAUACAAUGUGGUACUAGCCCAAUUCACCUUAAGGUUAAGUAGAAUUAUAUUGUGAUAUUUAUUAUAUGGUAAGAAUAUGCUGAAGAUAUGUAAUGCUAGGAUGUCAUGCUGAAUUGGGCUCUUGUUAUUCUCUGUUUAUUUAUUGACAAAACCAGUUAUACUAAAACAAGUUCAUUAGUAGAACUUCGGAGUUUGAAUCAAGGUUUUUUUGUAUGAUUUUUUUAAGGGAGGAACAGACCAAUUAGCAUAGACAAUUGUGAAUGAUUUUCCUUUGUUUCAGUCAUGAAGUAAGGAAAAAUUCAUCUCAACACUACAUGUACAUCAGUCAUAUUCUCAUUUGAUUUCCCAUCCCCAUUUCUUACAAUUCAUAAAGCAGACUACACUUAGAAAUACUCAAGAGAGACUUGUAUAUGGUAACAGGAAAGUUGGAAACCUAGUGUUUUUUUCCAGUCCAGUCAUAGGUGAUAUGUGAAGGAAUAUUUUAUCCAAGGCAUCAGAUCAAAAUCCUCUUUGCUGUCCAUAACAUUUUUUUUGUUUUUUGUUUGUUUUUAUUGAAUUUUAAAGCUUAGGAAGAACUUUAGUAAAAAGAAACUGUGGCUAGUGUCCAAAACAACAUUCCAUAUCCUCUUGAAAGGCCAAUAUAUGUAGUGGAUUGGUAAGAGGUUACUGUUGGAAAUGUUACAUCUUUUCACAAUGUAAACAUAUUUAUAUUUCUUGUGAUUACUGCUAUUCUUUCAAGACUGCAAAAUGUCUAGUAUCAAUGAAAUGCCUAGAAGAAAUAACUGAUGCUUAUCAUAACAGGGAAAGGGAGUGUACUGUAAAGUGAGAGGUGUUCUGUAGGGAGAUUCAAUUGGUCAUAUUGUUAAUCUUCAAAUAAUGCUCUGUAUCAGAGCUCCUUUGAUGCAGUAUAGUCAGUGCAGAAAGGCAGCAAGCCGUGUCCAUGAAUUGCUUCUCUGAUGUAUGAGUUGUGUGUUCACUAACAGCUUCACUCAGUGUUUCAAAUUUCAGUGUUAAAUGAACUGCCUAAAGUGAACUAAUGUUCCCAGUAAUCCACAAUGGUAACGCUGAAUGUACCCAGUCCACAGUUUUGUAUAUAAGUAGGCUGUAAAAAGAUUAAUACACCCAAUAAUAACUCCCUCUGAAAAAAAAAAUGUAUAGGGAACUUCAAACAUUUCAGCAAAUUCAUAAUGCUCAUCUUGUCAGAUUUUUUUUUUUUAAUUUAUUUUUUAUUAAUAUUUUUAGCAUCUUGUAUCUCCUGUCCCCUCACUUGUUUUAAUCUGUAAUCUGUUCUUCAAACAAGAUUGUCAACACAAUCCUUUACUUCUCAGAUUAAAUUGUGACAUUAUUGCUGUAGUAUCAGCACAUGGAUGUAGAAAACAAUAUAUCUUUCACUGUUGAAGAAGACUUACAUCUGCUGUUUGUCACAUAAUCAUGCCUGCUUGUUGGUGCUUUGAAGUGGUGGCAGGUCAAGUUUUGUGCUCUGAGCUCAUGGUUAUUGUAUUUCGUAUGUUAAAAAGUAAUUCAUAGCUAACUCACUCUAAUUAUUGUAAUGGUUUGUGUUGAGAAUAUGAAGAAAAAUAUUGCUGCUUCUCAAUAUGUAUCUUUUAAUUUGAAUUUUAUUAGCACUAUUUUUCAUACAAUUUUUAGGAAUUUAAACUGAAAAUGUUUUUAUUUUUCUUGUUUUUGUUUUAAAUGCCUUACUGUAUAUGGAAGAAAAUAAAUGUAGAUAACAGCAUAGUAACAAGAAAUGGUAAAUGUCAGUGCUGCAGUUUAUGAAGUUCUCUUUUUCACACAUCAAUAAAAGCACAAAGGAAACCUUUUAGAA